CUUCAAUUCUGGAUUUUGGUGGUUAAAUGCGUAUUUUCAGAUCUUUCUUCGAUAGCGAUCUCCGUUUGGAUCUGCAAAUGCUCACCGUUUUGAUCGCAUAAUCCGUUAUUUCUCACUAUCUACUUCUUAAGCUUUGUCCGGGAGGGAUUAUAAUGAUUUGGAGAACCAAUCGUGGAGAGAAUUGCAGUCGAGUAGGAAUUGGUUUAUUCUAUUUUACUUAACUGCCGACAAACUAUGGAAGGUGACAGGACAAUCCCUGCUCCAUCAGAUGGUGUCGUGGAUGUUGUUCAGAAAAUUAGAGCACUGCAUGGGAGGACUACUGGCCCUACAAGGCGCUCUACAAAGGGACAAUGGACAGCUGAGGAGGAUGAGAUUUUGGGGAAGGCUGUUCAGCGUUUUAAAGGAAAGAAUUGGAAAAAAAUAGCUGAGUGUUUCAAGGAUAGAACUGAUGUACAAUGCCUGCAUAGGUGGCAGAAAGUCUUAGAUCCAGAACUUGUCAAAGGUCCAUGGUCUAAAGAGGAAGAUGAAAUGAUUAUUGAUUUGGUGAACAAAUUUGGGCCUAAAAAGUGGUCUACUAUCGCUCAGCAUUUACCUGGACGUAUUGGUAAGCAAUGUCGAGAAAGGUGGCAUAAUCAUCUUAAUCCUUCUAUAAACAAGGAAGCAUGGACGCAGGAAGAGGAGUUGGCACUAAUACGUGCUCAUCAGAUUUAUGGUAACAGAUGGGCAGAAUUGACGAAGUUCUUGCCUGGAAGGACAGACAAUGCUAUUAAAAACCACUGGAACAGUUCUGUCAAAAAGAAAUUGGAUUCUUACUUAGCAUCGGGCUUGCUUAACCAGUUACAAACAGUACCACUUGAUGGAAAUCCAAAUCAAUCCAUUGCUUCAACCUCUUCAAGGUUGCAAUGUAGUGGAGAAGAUAAUGGUCCUAGGGGGACUGAAGGAGAGGAAGUUUCACAAUGUAGCCAGGAGACAGCUAAUGCUGGUCACUUUCUGUCUGCCACAGAGAUGAGCCAUGUUGUUUUACAAACUAUGGAAGAAUACACGCCAAAUGAAGAAUCUAAUGUAGGAAAGGAUUAUAGUCCUAAUCAAGCAUCCUGUUCAGAGCCAUAUUACGUGUCUCUGGAUGAUGUUACUGCAUCCUUCCCUGAAAUAGCUCGCCAAGAGGUUUGCUCUUCUCAUUUCAUUGAGCAGAAAUACUCACACGAAUAUAGAAAUUCCUUAAAUGAGAAUUGCCAGCUUUAUUUGCAUGACUUACCCGAUAUUUCCUCACUGGACUUUGUGCAGGAAUCGUCACAGUUGCAAAAUGAUUGUAUAGCUCCUAAUGAAAGUCAUGACAUGGUGAAUGUUCCAUUUCAGACUUCAGCAGGGUUUGGUGUUGCGAUGUCCAUGGGAACUAUGGCUAUGGACUCUGUUAAACGUGAGGACAUGAUAAUAUCUGAUGGGGAAUUUUGCAGAAUCCUAUUUUCAGAGGCAAUGAGUGAUGACUGCUUUUCCUCUGGAGAUUAUAAUAUUGGUGUAAAUAUGGUUAACUUGUCUGGUUGCGCUUCAUUUGUUUGUCAAUCUUUACCAUCUGUCCCAUCAGGACCUUCUUCUACUGGUGGUAGGUUGCUGCAUACUGCCGAAGCCAAUCAGUUAGUUGGGUCUGAUGAUCAGCAGUUUGUCUGCAGAGCACAUGAUAACUUAAUUUAUGCCAAUGAAUCAUCCAGUUCUCCUUGUAUUGAUAGGAUAGAUAGUGCAGAAAUGCAAGAGCCAUCAGGUGUUGUGAAGGAUACUUCAAAAUUGGUCCCAGUAAACAGUUUUGAUGAUGGAUCAGAUAAUAUGCAAAGUUGCUAUCCAAUGGAUGAAGGGCCGAAUGUGCAUAGAGAACAGGAGGACACAGGAGGUCUAUGUUAUGAACCUCCCUGUUUUCCAAGCUUGGAUAUUCCUUUCUUUAGCUGUGAUCUUAUACAAUCUGGAGGUGAUAUGCAGCAAGAAUUUAGUCCCCUAGGUAUCCGGCAGUUUAAGAUGUCUUCUAUGAACUGCCUAACUCCUUUCAGAUUGUGGGACUCACCUUCUCGCAAUGAUAGUCCAGAUGCUUUGUUGAAUAGUGCUGCUAAAACUUUCAAGGGUACACCUUUCAGAUUGUGGGACUCGCCUCACAAUGAUAGUCCAGAUGCUUUGUUAAGAAGUGCUGCUAAAACUUUCAAGGGUACACCAUCCAUAGUAAAGAAACGACACCGAGACCUUUUAUCUCCGCUAUCAGAUAGAAGAACUUACAAGAAACUUGAGAUUGACAUGACAUCAACCUUGAUAACAAAUUUUUCCCGUUUGGAUGUCAUGUUUGAUGAAAAUGAUACUCAGGGAGCAGAUUUGCUUUCUCCAUCUUCAAUACAAAAAAAAAAUUCUGGUACCUCUGUUGAAGAUGAUAAAGAAAAUUGUGUACAAGCUUUUAAAGUGGAACAAGCAGAGGAGAAAAAAAAAUCUGCAAUUUUGAAUGACAAGAAGUCAGAAAAUGAUACAGGUGACAGUAAUUCUCAGGAUAAGGUUAAGCAGCAACCUCUUGAUGUUGAUACUAAGAUGAAGAAUGAUGUUAAUGCUGUGGCUGAGAUUGUGCUGCAACGUUCUGGAGUUUUGGUUGAACAUGAUAUGAAUGACCUGUUACUGUAUUCUCAUGAUCAAGUUGGUUUUAAACCGGACAGAACUCUAAGUGCUAGAACUCAUAAAAAUCCAUGCUCAAGGGUCAAUUCUCCUUCUGAUCGAGUAAAGGAGCAGGAAAGACUUUCAGUUGCUGUUACUUGUGUUCAAUCCAUCUGUUCAUCAGACCCAGGGGAGAAGUCGGGUGAUCAUCCCAGAAACGAUGGUGGAUUUGAAACAUGUAGCAUAUUUGGCGGAACACCUUUUUGGAAAGGCAUUGAAUCACCUUCAGCAUGGAAAUCUCCUUGGUUGAUCAACACUUUUUUGUCUAGCCCCAGGAUUGAUACUGAACUUACAAUUGAGGAUUUUGGGUAUUUCCUGAGCCCAGGUAACAAAAGCUAUGAUGCAAUCGGGUUGAUGAAACAGGUAAGCGAACAAACUGCUGCUCAAUAUGCCAAUGCUCAGGAGAUUUUGGGUAAUGAAGUUCCUAAGGCGUUACCAAAGGAUGCAUCUGGAAACGAUAGAGAUGGGAACAAAGAAAAUAACGAUCCUCAUAAUCAGCGUGGGAACCAUUUUCAGUUGGCUUCAAAUGCUUUGGUGGAGCGACGCAUACUUGACUUUAGCGAAUGCGAAACUCCGGGCAAGGGUGAUAACGGCAAAUCCUCAACUAUGAGCGUAUCAAGCCCUCCUUCGAAUUUGUUGAAGGGUUGUAGAUAGAUGCUUGUCAGUUGUUAUGGCCAAUGCAUCCGGUUGUUUUGCCAUUCAAGUAUAUUUUAUGGAAAAAAAUGUUUCUCCCAAGUUAUCUCAACCAACUUCAAAAUUAUAUCAUUUUGGGAAUUGAAAAAAUUAAUGAAGGAUAUUUUCUAAAUUUUGUUUGUUUAUCUGUUAUAUGAAUUUUAUUAAAAUGUCCUUCAUUAAUUUCUCUAUCUUUCAAAAUGACGUGAUUUUAGAAUUGCUAGAUAUUAUUUU